AUGUCCAUGGAGAUGGACGACGUGUUCAAGUAUAGCCGCUUCGAUCCUACCCCCAAGGAGGCCGUCACCUACUACCUGCCGCGCCUCAUCGCCGGCUCCUCGCUCAACGGCGCCGAGAAAGUCAUCCACGAGUUCGACAUCUACAGCUGCGAGCCCAAGGAUCUCGCCUAUCAGUACGACCCGGCGCCGCACGCCAUGGAUACCGGCGACCGCUUCUUCUUCACGACGUGCAAGCGCAAGAACGGGAGCAGCAACCGGAGCGCGCGCGUCGCCGGCGGCGGCACCUGGACGGGCAACAAGACCCAGAGCAUCGUCCACGCGGGAGUCAAGGUCGGCGAGGUCAAGAGCCUUUCGUUCAAGAAGGAGAAGGCGUGCACCGGCUGGGUCAUGGAGGAGUACCGGUGCAUGCUGCCACAGGCCGUCGUCGCCGACGGAGAGAAGGUGCUGUGCAAGAUUCACUUGUCUUCGUCUUCAGCGUGCGCCGCCGCCCGCCAAGAAUCUGCCGCGUACUUGCUUCGUCAUCGUCAAGAAGCAGCAGGGCUGCCCGUGCCAGAACCAGAAACCAUCACCGUGACCACAACCGCGCAAGUACUGAAGAGGCCAGCGCCGGUUGCCGCCGACGAUCUGUCGUGCUCCAAGAAAUUGCGGAUGGCCGCCCCCGUUCAGGCAAUUGAGGAAGAGUACCAGGAUUGCCCUGACUGGUUUGCGCCUCCGGCACCGUUUUCCUUGCCGGCUGAAGCUGCAGAGGACAUGGACCGGUUCACUUGCACGGUGGCAGAACUUCUCGGGGAAACUGGGGAACAAGCUGAGAACAACAUCGAACAGUUUACGCCACCCUUUCCCGAGCCUGCUUCCGACCGGGAAACGGAGGAGUUUGAUGAAUUGGAAAUGCUUUUAGCUGAUCUCUGA